ACAAGAUAAGUAACUAUUAAAGGACCUGCGAAUUCUAACCGUUGUCUUGAGCAUUAACUUGUUUCAAGAUUGAAAGGAACUUGUCUUAAUAUUCCUAUAUCCUUAAAAACCUUUCUAGGUCUAUAAUACAGCUUGGGAAUCGUUCAAGAUUACUCCAAGUAGUCCUAUUUGAGUGCAUCCAAUUUUCCCCCUACAAAAUUUUGAUGGAGUUGUCGGAUAUUCCGUUCCCCAUCCCUUCAGCUGAUGAUUUCUACGAUGACCCUUGCUUCAACACCAACGACAUGCAUUUCUUCGAAGACCUGGACCCCAGGCUCGUCCAUGUGAGCCUGCUCAAGCCCGACGAGCAUCACCAUAUCGAGGACGAGCACGUGCGAGUGCCCAGCGGGCAUCACCAGGCCGGCAGGUGUCUGCUGUGGGCAUGCAAAGCCUGCAAGAGAAAAACCACCAAUGCUGACCGUCGCAAAGCCGCGACCAUGCGGGAGAGGAGGCGACUGAGUAAAGUGAACGACGCUUUCGAGACCCUCAAGAGAUGCACGUCCACCAACCCAAACCAGAGGCUGCCAAAGGUGGAGAUUCUGAGAAACGCGAUCAGUUACAUUGAGUCUCUGCAGGCGCUGCUCAGGGGUCAAGAAGAAAACUAUUACCCAGUUCUGGAACAUUACAGUGGAGACUCAGACGCCUCCAGCCCGAGAUCCAACUGCUCUGAUGGCAUGAUGGAUUGCAUGGGUCCCGCAUGUCAGUCGAGAAGAAGGAACAGUUAUGACAGCUCUUACUUCAAUGAGACGCCAAAUGCUGAUGCACGGAAUAAUAAAAACACAGUGGUGUCGAGUUUGGAUUGCCUAUCCAGCAUCGUGGAGAGAAUUUCCAAGGAGACCCCCGCGUGUCCCGUGUUGUCUUUGCCGGAGGGGCCCGACAGAAGCCCGUGUUCUCCCCAGGAAGGGUCUAUCCUGAGUGAGCCCGGGGCCCCUGCACCCUCCCCGACCAACUGCCCCCAACAGCAAGCUCAGGAUCCCAUCUACCAAGUGCUAUAAAGAUUCACAACAUUUCAGCAAUUAUAAAAAGACAAUCUGAAAGAAACUUUCAGCAGAAUAAAAAUGGCAAUUCCGAUCUUAACAACUAAAGACCUUUUCGAUCCACUGCUGGAAAACUAGGAACGAAUGAUCGAUCGAUCGAUCGAUCGAUCGAUCGAUCGAUCGAUCGAUCGAUCUAUCUAUCUAUCUAUCUAUCUAUCUAUCUAUCUAUCUAUCUAUCUAUCUAUCUAUCUAUCUAUCUAUCUAUCUAUCUAUCUAUCUAUCUAUCUAUCUAUCUUUCUUUCUUUCUUUCUUUCUUUCUUUCUUUCGCUCACACUUUUGUAUUCUUUAUUUUAUUUAUAUGCUGUGGAAAACAUCAAAUUCCAUUAUGAAAAUUCGUCAGUUUCGUAACUAUGCUUAUUUAUAUAAUUGUAUCCACGUGACCAUGUGUUUCCCUUUGUGAGUAUAUUUUCUGUCACCAUCAUCUUGCAUUUCCUAAUUAUUUACGAGAGAAUCGUAUUUCAGUAACGAAAAGUAGGACCAUUUUUGUACAUGUGUAAAUAAGAUCUGUUUUUUUAAAGCAACGAAAAUGAACAAACAAGUUAUGUAUUUAAUAAUGCCUGCUUGAAACAUUAGCUUGUUGUGUCUUGUGUUAAACUUUAUAUUUAUACUUCUUAAACGAGUGAAUGUCGGAUUAAUAAAAAUAGAACUAUUUAUACUGAACAAUUUAUGAAGCAGUUUUGUGAUUUAUUCCAUAAUGUGAUUUAUUUAAUGAUUUUUUUUUUUAGUUAAUUUAGUGGGACGAUAUUAAACGAAUUAUCCCAAUUCCCAAUUCCCAAUUGUUAAUAAUAACAAUAUGCUAAGUUUAUAUUUCGUCCAGUUAGUGCUGCUAAA